AUGCGCCAGGCAUAUUUCCUGCUCCUGCUCCUAGCCGUAUUGGCCAUUGCCCAAGUUGCCUGCGAGGGGACUGGUUUCGAGCGCUUCAUCGCCGACGAUAGCGCGCAUCGCAAUCUCAAAGGUGCCGACACCGACACGGAAGAACGGUGGGGUAUUACAGGUCUCUUGAAUCUGAAGUCACUAUUCAGGAAAACCCCAAACGUUGCCAAAGCGCUCCAGAAGGAUCCAGGCCUCGCUAAGACCAUCAAUGACCCGACCAUUAGCAAAACCCUCAAAACUGUGGCAAGCGAUCCCGCUGUGGUGAAGAGCUUGAAUAAGCUGAGAGUUCCCCAAACCUUGAGACAGCGCUGGUGA